AUGGAAGCCUUGGGGUUUCUGCAGCAGGAGGGGAACGGCCCCUUGGUGACCAUGACCCUGAUAGUGGCUCUCGUGGCCCUCCUCAUGUGGUACUCCAUGUCAGCGUUCUCACAGCUGGAGAAGUUGGGCAUCCGACAUCCCAAGCCUUCUCCUUUCAUUGGGAACUUGAUGUUUUUCCGCCAGGGUUUCUGGGAAGGCCAGCUGGAGCUCCGAAGGCUAUACGGACCCCUGUGCGGGUACUAUCUUGGUCGUCGGAUGUUUAUUGUUAUUUCUGAACCAGACAUGAUCAAGCAGGUGUUGGUUGAGAACUUCAGUAACUUUAGCAACAGAAUGGCAUCGGGCUUGGAGCCCAAGCCGGUAGCCAAGAGCAUUCUAUUUCUGCGUGACAAGAGGUGGGAAGAGGUCAGAGGUGUCCUGACUCCUGCCUUCAGUCCUGAGAAGCUGAAUGAGGUGACUCCCCUCAUCAGCCAAGCCUGCGACAUUCUCCUGACUCAUCUAGAACGCUAUGCAGACUCCGGGGCCACUUUCAACAUCCAGAGGUGCUACAGCUGUUACAGCACAGACCUGGUGGCCAGCGUCGCCUUCGGCACCCGGCUCGACUCCCAGGAGGCACCCGAGCACCCCUUUGUGAAGCACUGUAGGCGCUUCUUCGAAUUCUCCAUCCCCAGACCCAUCCUGGUUUUGAUCUUAUCAUUUCCGUCCGUAAUGGUCCCACUGGCCCGGGUUUUGCCCAAUAAGAAGCGAGAGGAGCCAAACAACUUCUUCAACAAACUUAUCAGGAAUGUGACGGCCUCGCGGGACCAGCAAGCUGCCGGCGAGAGGCGGAAGGACUUCCUCCAGAUGGUUCUAGACACACGCCAGGGGGCCAGCGCCAUGGGCGUGGAGAGCUUCGAUGCCGUGACACAGGUCUUCUCCUCCACCGAGUGCCCGGCUCCUCCUCCACAGCCACAUGUGCCCCGAGGGCCACCAAAGCCCCUGACCAUGGACGAGAUUGUGGGCCAGGCCUUCAUCUUCCUCAUCGCUGGCUACGAGUUCGUCACCAACACGCUCUCUUUUGCCACCUACCUGCUGGCCACCCACCCUGACUGCCAGGAGAAGCUUCUGAGAGAGGUGGACCGUUUCUUCGAUGAGCAUGCCGCCCCCGACUACUGCAGCCUCCAGGAAGGCCUGCCCUACCUGGGCAUGGUGAUCGCAGAGACCUUGAGGCUGUACCCACCGGCUUACAGGUUCACACGGGAGGCGGCGAGGGACUGCGAAAUCCUGGGGCAGCGCAUCCCCGCGGGCGCUGUGUUGGAAACAGCUGUGGGCGCCCUGCACCACGACCCCGAGCACUGGCCAGAGCCUGAGGUCUUCAACCCCGAGAGGUUCACGGCCGAGAACCGACGGCGGCAGCGGCCCUUCACCUACCUGCCCUUCGGGGCGGGCCCGCGGAGCUGCCUCGGGGUGCACCUCGGGCUGCUGGAGGUCAAGCUGACGCUGCUGCGUGUGCUGCACCAGUUCCGGUUCCAGGCCUGCGCGGAGACCCAGGUACCACUGCAGCUGGAAUCCAAAUCUGCACUAGCUCCCAAAGAUGGUGUUCACAUCAAGAUCGUACCCCGCUGA